CAAUAACGUUGGAAUCUAUCAUUUUAUAGUUUAUACAUAUCGUGAACAUUUUGGAACAUAAUGAUGCAACCAGCAAGGGUUACUAAAUUUGGAGCUUAUGUGUAUGAGGAUGGAACAAAAUACAUUGGAGACUGGAACGAUCGAGGUCGAAAACACGGCUUGGGCCACGUCCAGUUUAAAGACAAUACACGAUAUGAAGGAGGAUUCAGUAAUGGACUUUGCUCGGGUCUUGGAGUUCUCCAGUAUCCGGAUGGAGCGAGGUACGAAGGAGAAUUCAUGGAAGGAUGGUUUCAUGGUCACGGCAUGUUUUGGAGGGCUGAUGGCAUGAAGUACGAAGGGCAAUUUCGAGGUGGUCGUAUCUGGGGAUUAGGAUUAGUAACAUUUAAGGACGGAUCCCACGGACUUCCGAGACACGAAGGAUUUUUCAAAGAUUGCAAAUUUGUACAAAAGAAAAAAUGUCCGUCAGUCGUUACAGAUGCACAACGAGCAGCAUUGAUGGCAAGAAUACAAACUGAACAAACAUAAUUUUUUAAUACAAUUUAGUGUAAAGAAUAAAAAAAAUAUAUAUAUAAUUCUUGAUAAAUAAUUUAAUAGAAAUGGGAUUUUUUUUUUUAUCUCGAAUGAUUUUGUAAUUCUUAAUAGUUGUAAUGUUAAAAUGACGCCAUAUGUACAUGGGUUGUCUUCGAAAUAAAACGUAUACAACAUACCAAAUUUUACGUCCACAAUAAUUAUUGUA